AUGGCGAAAGGCGAAGUCGAUGCUCAGCAAGAGCUAGAGGAUGCAUUUGAAGCGAAAGAUUUGGAUGGAUUUAAACGUGCCAUCACACGUGGUGCUCAGCCCAACCUCAUCUCAAAAAGGGAUGAGGACAAUCAAAUGACCAUAUUUGAGAAGGCUUUAUCAACAAAAGGACGUUCUACAUUUAUAAAAGCGUGUCUCGAUGCUGGCUGUGAUCCCAAUUACGUUAAUUCGGAGCUUAAUAAAGCUGCCAUCCACUAUGUAAUCGAUUCAGGAAUCGGUUCAGCAAGCCAUUAUAAUGCGUCCAAUCUUUACGGGCUGGUGGAUCAACCCAACUCCAAAGUAGAUAUUGAUCACAUGUACGAGGGGGAAACAGCGUUAAGUAGAUUAAUCAAAAGUCUGCAAGGAGAGGAUUCUCCUGGUCUCCUUAUCGCCAUUCGAUUACUAUUGAGGAAAGGCGCUUCAACCAACUUUGAUGGCACAUCUCUCAUUCAACAAGUACUAUUCAACGAAAAUAUCUCACAAUCGACACGAGCGGAUUUGAUCUCAGCGUUUGUACAGGCACCCCAACUCAGUCGAUCGGAUUAUUUCAAAGGAAUUGAUUUUCUUUUGGAAAGUGGUUAUCUCAACGGCGACAGUGACCAGCUCUACAUUUUCCUAUUGCCCGCUCUACUCGGUCAACCUACUUCGCCAAUGCUCGACACUCUGGCGCAAUACCAAAAGACCAUUGUAAACUGGGAUAAUAAGAAAAUGUUGCAACGUUUGCUCAUGGAGCAUAUCAAAAAGCAUACUGAGAAGGCACUCGAAGCAGUGUUGGCCACCCUGGAAAAGAAUUCGCCUCAGGAAAAUGAGUAUCUUGUAGGGUUGGCUAUCGAAGAUGGUAGCUGGUCAACUGUUCUCCAAUUGCUUAAGAUCGUAUAUCUCAAGCUAGUGCCCAAGGGCACGCUUCUAAAAAAUAUGAUUAUGCAAUUGAAACCGCUGAACAAUUACCUUCAGAGCAACGAAUACCAUGAAUGUUUGCUGCGAUGCGUUAAGGAUUGGCGGCAGCAUAUCAAUGACUUCGAUGAUCAGCACAAAACGCUUCUGCAUUAUGCGGUGCUCUGUCGCAAUGAGAUUGCCAUAAGAGUGCUCUUGAGGGAGGGCGCCAGAUUGGGAGUGCGCAAUGACAAGAAUCGCAUUGUGAUCGAGGAUAUUGAUGCCAAGCUUCUGGAGGAGCAUUUCGAUUACUGCAUCACUGGGCGAGGCGAGAAGACCAGCCACGAGGGUUACGAGAUCAUCAUGAACUGUCUGAAUAUGACCAACGAGAACAACGAACUCGAUAUUGCUCCCAUUGCCUGCAUGGCUCGGUCGAAGGAGCUGUGUCCGCUGUUGGAGCAUCCGUUGAUCACCUGCUUUCUUAAGCUGAAGUGGAGUCGACUCACCACCAUCUUCUUCACCCACUUUAUCAUCAAUAUCAUCUUAAGUUUGAUAUUGGGGAUCCAUAUUUGGUUGCGUUUCCCUAAACGUAAUAAUAACGAGCUUUCUAUAUGGAUUGUUAAGAGUCUGUUCCAAGUGCUGAUUGGCUAUCUUCUUAUAGUGGAAGUCAUUUCCUUAGUGAUAAUCAAGCAUUGGUGGCGAAGUAUAAUCGAUUUUAUUCUGAUUUUUAUGCUCAUCCUCACAAACAUCGAGUGUGGAGAUGACAUCCAAAGGAUUAAUGCCGUCUUCGCCAUCAUGUUGAUGGGCAUCAAGCUGAUGAAUCUUAUUGGUGCCCUACCUGUGCGUGCCAUAUCGACCCACAUGCUCAUACUACGCCAGGUGGCCAGUACUUUCGCAACGAGCUUGUUGCAGUACUCCAUGCUGUUGAUCAGCUUCAGCUUGUGCUUCUAUGUGCUAUUUUCCAAACCGAGCUCUACAAAUUCAGCGAAUUAUACGGCUUCAGCGAAUUCUACGGAUUCAGCAAAUUCUACGGAUUCAGUGAACUUAACCGCUUCAGCGAACGCAACAGAUAAUGAUUUCAGUCUCUUCUUUGCGAAACUCGAUUUAUCGUUUAUGAAGACACUUGUUAUGUUCAAUGGUGAAUAUGAUGAAAGCUGCUUUAAUGGAUAUUUCACUAGUUUUGUGGUGAUCAUAUUCAUGUUUAUGGUCAUGGUCCUGACAAAUUUGCUGGGUGGCCUGGCUGUUGACGAUACCCAGACUAUUCGGGCUCAAGUGGAACUCAAUGCUGCCAUUUGUCGAACAAAUCUGUUGUACAGCUAUGAAGGACUCUUAAGCGGGAAUUCACCUCGAUUGGAACGUUUGCUUCGCUUCUUUAAUAAAAUGAUGGGAAUCCACGCUAAAUCUACCUAUGGCUAUGUAUCCAUAUUUCCAAACCAAGGGAAUAGGGCAGAGGUGUUCAGUGAAAGUUAUAGAAAUCAGAGUAAUGAAAGACUUGAGGUUGAAGGAGAAAACGUCGUCUUAGUUAAAGUAAGUACCGAUCAUGAAGAUGGUGCAAUCGGUUCCGAAUCUAAAAUGGAUGAGACGGAGGAUUUGCACUCCCGUUGCAAUGCUGAAGUGGAUGACUAUGAAGAAACAUUCUGCCAGUCUUGUGUGUCAAAUAAAAUAAAAAUUGACAAGCAGACUGUUAUCCGAGCUCUUACAAUUAUUAAAGAAAAAGGAAAAAAGAUGUCGACGAACAACGCGAAGAGUUCAUAGAACAACGACAGGAGGAUAUCAGGAAGCUGUUGAUGGAGAUGAAAACCCAGUUGGACUUAAAGAAUCCAGCCAAUUGAUUAAUUAACAACAAUUUAUAAA